UUCUGCAGCUGUGCAGGUCUUUGCACCCCUUAUUUGCAUCGUGUCGGUUGGCAAAAAGCAAGCGAAAACUGUGAAUCCUGGUUGGUGUCAGCCGUGCAGCGCUCCUCAAAAGCUGUGUGGGUAUAUGCGCGUGUGUGGUUUACAUUUGCGUCUUAAAAAUAAGGGUAUGAAUCGUCAGGGAUGUUGCAGGUUUUUCCGUUUCGUGGCGUACUGGUAACGUGGCCAGUCCUUGGGGCCGUUGUCCACUGGUGCCCAGCUGCCAAUAAGUGCCCCCGUUCGGUUGCGUUUGUAAGGUGAAGAAUUGUGGAAAUUUGUAAAACAGAGAAAAAAACAAAACCGUCUCGCCAGCAGACGAGCAACGUCAGUUCGUUCUAAUCCGUGCCAGUGUGUUGCUGCGCCGUGUGCGUAGGUCGCACCGCGACGGGUGUAGUAGUGUCAUGAGUGCAUUCGGAAAUACCAUUUCUGUGGCAUAAUAUCAGUUGAGGCGUUUCGAAAAACGACGGCCUACCCCGGCGACGUAGAAUAUUUUCCAACGAACGGAAAAAGCGUCGACGUAAGGACGUCAUCGCGAUUGGUCUCAGUAAUCUAUCCCGUAAAACGUGAAAAGUGAAAGAAGUCUAGCUUGUCUAGGUUCAGCUGUGUGUUCAGUGUAGAAAAUGUUAUCAACUAAAGUUAAGUGUAAAUUACAAUCACCAAUAGCGUGUUGUAGGACCUUUAAAGUGUAGUACCGUGUAGAGAGCAGACCGCUAGCGGAAGCUAUCGGACUGAAGGCGUAUGAUGUCCUCAUCGUCGACGUCAGCGUCGUCGUCUUCGUCAUCCGCGAUGCGCAGCCCUGGUGAGUGGAUGGAGGCGGACAGCCUACGGGAUAUCCUGAACACUGCCAUCCUGUCUAACGUCGAUGCACCGGAUACACUGGCGAGUGAUGUGGACAUUGAUCCAUCAUUGUUUGCCAGUGGAAGCAAUUCACUCGACUAUCCCGUAGCUCCGCUGCAGCGUCUUCAGCGCCCGGAAAGGGAAUUCAGUCAGGGCUUCCACAACGAGGCCUAUCCACGGAGGAAUAUGUUCUGCCUCGACGGAUUGUCGUUGCUCAACUCGGACGGUGGAGUGGCUUAUUAUCCACCGAUGGACCCACCGCAGGACGUGCCGGUCCAGCUGACGACAACAGCGACAACGAUCCCGUCGGUGGAACCGCCCAAUCCGAUUCCCCCAACACCUGUCACGCAGCCUACGGCGGCAGUAUUUACAUCAAGUGCCGGUACGUCGAGUACCACGACGGCGGCACGGCCCUGCCGAAUGCGGAACCACCACUACGAUAUGCUAUUCCCCACUGCGCACUACCGAACGCAUCCGCAACGGGAACGGCCGGCCGUAUCGUCGAGUUCGUUUGGAGCGCACGCCACCCACGGCGGUCGAACGUUCAAAAACGACACACCGAUUCCGCCGGCUAAUCAUCCGUACAUGCCGCGCGAAGGAUACCAUCAACCGCACCGUCCCUCUCCACCAACCUAUGUACCGCCGGAUGAAAGUGCGCAGAUGGGAGGUCAAGAAUCGGGUAGGAAUGGCGCAUGCAACGGCACCAGACGAGCCAUGAAGCGUUCGCUGAGCGGAGAACGUAGUGAUGAUGAGCAGCGGCAACAACCGGCCAGAAUGGCCACCGGUUUGUCCUUCGAGGAAAGAGAACUAAGACAAGGCGAAACGUCGUCAACUGCAGGAGCUGUGGUGAAGCUAGAAAAUGGAUCCCAAAGCGAGGAAUGUACGCCUCCGGUAACUGUAAAGACAGAACCGUCGACCUCGGGGCUGGAAAACGGAGCACCUGCGCCUCCAACCCGGGACGAUCUGCCGAUAAUUGCGCCGGAGUUGCUCAAAAGAGAACCGAAUGAAGAUGAACAUGUACCACCACUACCCAACAAUUCCGACACGUUUCGAGAGCGGGAUGUGGUUCCUCGGUCGCACGAUAGCAGUGGCCAUACGAUAAAGCAGGAACCGAGUGAAUGUAGCGGAACAAACAGUACCACGUCAGUCGUUGUAUCGCCAGCGGCACCAGCUGUAGGUGCGGGAUGUUCGUGCCAGGAAUGUUUAGCCGGCGUGAGUAAUGACCAUCCGCGCAGCGAGCGUACCUUUUGUUCCUGUACUGUCGCUGCCGACGCUCCACCAUCAUCUCCUUUACCAUCGUCUUCGGCAGCGUGUCCACCACAGCAGCAGCAGCCAACGUCGAUUAAGGUGGAACCGUGCGAAACUGCACAAUCUCUCGUCGAUGUUCCUUUGCCACCAACGACGACGGCAUACACGGCUGAUUCCGGGGCGGAAGUUAUGCCGCAAACAUCACCGGCCAGAGCUGAAGCUGGUGUCGGUACUUCGACGGUCGCUCCCCCUACGGUGGCUACCGAGGUGGUUAGAAGAGAACCGGCGGUGGUGGAUCUGCCGAGCACGAGCAAUGCCGCCCAGUCAGGCAGUUCGACGAACGAACCGUCAACCAGCGGCAGAGCGAAGCCAUCGACGCUCAGAAAAGCUCAAGUUGAAUGGGGAAUGGGUCCGGAAAGGCCCAGUACGAGUGGGCUUGUAAAACGUAUUUUUACCGCUAAACAAAUGGAGAUACCAACCGAAAAGUACAAUCUUUCCAUGUACGGCCCACCAACGUGGGAUCCUCCCAGUUUCACAGAUGAAGAAGAUAGUGAAAAUGAUGACGGGGACGAUGAUGAAGAGAGCGAAGAUGACGAUGAUGACGAUGCUGACGAUAAUGAUAGCAGCGGUAGUUCAUCGUCGAGCGACGGCGACGACCAGGCUAAGCACAAAUUGGUGAAGUGUGAGGGAAAGGCCAAGAGUUUCGAUAGCGACGACGGGAUGGAUGUUAUCUACAUGGGUCCGUAUCGAAAUUUGAACGAAAGGAUCGGCCCGCCGAGUCGCGAUCUACGGUCGGACCAGGAACCGGGUAACGGACGACGCACGGCGGGCGAUGGUGAAGAGUCCAACGGCGCUGAACCACUAACGCCUAGUACCGCCGCUAAUGCUGGUGACGGUUCCUCCGGCCAUCCAGGUUCGUCGGGACCGGACACGGAAAGUUGUGGGCGAAGCAGAAAGAGCGAUGACACGUCUGCUGCAACGGCCUCCUCCCGUUCGACCCAAACGGGCAGCUCGGAUGCACUGAACGCACCGGAUUUGCAGCUCGAUUGGAUCACGGACACGAGCAGCAUCAGCGACGAAAGCGAUGACGUAAUUAUUUUAGGUAGCGUGUCCCCGAUGCGUGGCUUUACUUCACCACCUGCCACCCCCCGUGACCGUGAGCCGAUCGAUCUGACGAACGAUUCCGAAGACGACGACAUCGCGCGCCGCCGAAUGACCUCGACGGCGGUCCCUGCUCGGCGUAGUAAAGCGAACGAAACGAUGCCACACGCACAGUCACGCACUCGGGGUAUCAACGAUCGGCCACCACUGCCACCACCGGUGCCAUCGUCGUCCGGAAGUCAUCCCGUUCUGCGGCAUCGUUCGGCCGUGUUCUAUCCGUCGACGGUGCGAAGCAGUGGCGCGGUAAGUCGUACCGGUGUCCGUGGGGACAUGGGCCGGAUGCCGAUGUUGAACGCUAUCACGCAACCACCGUCGGUGGUGGGUGGACACGAGCACCGGCUGUCCCGGUACAGUUCCAGCCGCUGGUGGGAAUCCGCCUACUACCCGAUUCCUCACAUGACGUCCGGUUCGUCCCGAACGGGAGGAGGGGGAGCGGGUGCUGCUGCUGGAGGUCACCAUCACCACCAUCAUCACCAUCACGUGCGUUUCGUGUCUUCCGGACGAGGUUCUGGUGGUGGGGGUGCCGGCGGGAGCCGCAGCAGUUCACGAUCCCGCUGUCCGGCCAUGGGUCGUCCGGAGUUACGCUGGAGCGGUCCUUUUUCGGGGCACCAUGCGUGCGAAUUCUGCGCUCCUCCCAUGCGCCAAUCCUCGUCCAUAAUGCGCCGCUCUCCGAUCGUGACCACCUCGUACCCGUCGUCGUCGAGUCGACAUCGCAACGCUAACGCGAACAGUAAUAACAGCACUUCACCGUUGCUGGUGGACCUGCUGGACGAUCCACCGUUCGGUGUCGACGAUGGUGCCGGUGACGGGCCAAAUGAUCUCUACCGCGCGACACCUCCCAUUCCGCCGCGCUCGUCCACGAACGAUGGAGCGGCAAGCCAGUCGAACGCCACCGGAUCGUCUGACGGUUCGUCCUGGCGUAGUAACCAGGUCCCCCUACCGGUCGAAACUUGGAUCGACCGAACGGUUGAAGGUUCGGCAGCACCACCAUCGGCCACCUCCGGGCGCGAGAAAAAAUGCUGCCGCCGCGGUGGAAAUGGUGCUAGUUCAUCCUCCGCUACCGCCUCUGCCACCAACGAUCCUGGUCCGAUCGAUUACUCAUCGACACCGGGACCAUCGGCGGCAACCGCGCAUGCCGUUCCCCUCAACGACCACAACAACAACAGCAACAGCAACAGUCACUUGCCGCAAGAUGAGCGGGCACUAGCCCACUCACGCGAGAUCGUAUCGCUGCUAUGGGACGAACCGCGCCGAUGGGCGCCCCCACCUCCUCCGCCGGCCUCCGAAAGCCGCCCACACGGCCGCGCGACGCAAACCUUGACGCCUCCGAUGAACAUUCCGAGCCGCGCCAAUUCACCGCCCGUCCGCUGGAUCGCCGUUUCGGACACGCUCAACUGCACGGACGAGGCGUGGGCCGCCCAACCGCCGGCGCACAAUAUUCGCCGUCUCCACUUCCGGCCCUCUCGGCAAGCCUACCCGCCCCACGAGAACCUCUGGGUACGGCAGCAUAACGCGGCCGAGGUGCAGCGCCGCAUGAUGUCCAUCCCGGCGGAUGACUACCAGCAUUCGCCGCGCCAUAACAUCAACAACAACAACAACAACGCGAUCCUAGUCCGACGCAAUGCCACCUCCACGAUGGCCAGUGCUGGAGCGCAGCCACCAUCGCAGCAACCUCCGCCUCCUCCACCCCCACCGCCACCGCCUCCGCCAGCAUCCGGACCGAUUACGGACAUGUUUUCCUCCCAGCAGCUGCCCCACCCCGUCCUAGCCCACUCCGCCUCGGCAUCCUCUAGCAGCGUGGCGGGUGCGGUGUCCACCGUCCGCCUGCAACCUCCCCUACUGGUGCCCGUUCCCGCACCCGCACCGGUCGGGCAUACGGAUCCUGCGGCCGAUCUCGUUGCCAGCGGCGCUCGGCCGCAGUUCCUUACGAGCCGCCGGGGAACCCUGUCACACUACGGCGCUCCCUCGUCCUCUGCGUCGUCGUCGUCGUUGCUGGAUGGUCGUAGCACUGGCCUAACGCCGCCACCAUACGGAUCCCUACCGUGGGGUACCGGACACUACCAUCACCAGGGUAGUAGUUCCAUCGCUAGCGGUGCGGCCGCUCAGCACGAACCGCUGGACAAUUCGCGCGUCGCAUCGCUCCGGGUUCGACGUUUGCACAACACGCACAGUCCGCAUUACGUACUACGUCGCAACGAUCAUCAGCACGUCCAUCAUCACAUGUAUCAUCAUAUUCCGUCGCAAACCAACUUCCUCUCAAAUCCGCCGGAAAUUCAGUUCAGCAUCGGGCUUCGGCCGAGUUUGUUGUCCAGCUUGAAUCGCUUCGUGCGAGUGAUCGAGGACACCUGUACCAACCGGGGCGCUACGCAGGAAAUGAUCGAAACGAAUACGUUCCCGCAUAAAUACAAACGGCUUCGGCGUGUCAGCGAGACGGACGAGGAUAGCGAAAAGUGCACGAUCUGUCUGUCACAGUUCGAGAUCGACAACGACGUCAGACGCCUUCCGUGCAUGCACCUCUUCCACAAGGAUUGCGUCGACCAGUGGCUAGUGACGAACAAGCACUGCCCAAUCUGCCGGGUCGACAUCGAGAUCCACCACACCAAGGACUACACCAUAUGACAACCGGUGGACGAAAAUGUCCGUUCGGCUGCUGCUGCUGCUGCUGCCGCUGGCACUGGCACAUCCUACCGCUACUACACGACGGCACUAACGACAACCGGCGAUCGGCGUACGACGGCCAAUAGCGCGUCCAACACUACCACCACACGGAUUCCGCUUCCGAUGGGGGCGGAACUGCACGUCUCGUUCAGCGGCGAUGCGCAUUCCGAGGGGGCCGUUCCCUCCGACGGUGGUGUUACGGUGCUGCCCGACGGAGACGACGAUGACGAUGGUGGUGGCAUCGAGGAAGAAGAGGAAGAACACGACGACGAGGACGCUGAGGAGGGACCGGAAGGGCAAGAAGUGGCGGAAGCCGACGAUGAUGAGGAGGAAGAUCGUCGUCUGUUGGAUCGCACCCGAACGAUACUGUUCGGGCCGGCGCAGGAAGUGGUUGGUGCUGGUCCGGCAAACGGUUCCCCCGCGGUGGAUAGUGUGGCGGAGGGUGGAGGUGGCAGCAUGCUUAUCUACUUUCACUGAGCUUCGUCACUAAUGGCCAAACGAAUCGGUAUUACCACUACGUCACUACGACUGCCAAAACGGUUCGGGGGAAACGACGAUAUUACUACCCUUUUUUUUUCUACACCUUUUCUCAAUUUUAUAAGCUUGUUAAAUAUAUUCAUAGUAAAAAGGGCGGGCAGCAAGUUUGCCACUAUUCGCGCAAAGAAGCCGAUCUCUUCGCCUCUAGAAGAGGGGGAGCAGGCCAAACGUGGGGUAUCGUAGGUUCGUGCGAUUUGUAGGGCGCGAAAAUAACAUACGGAGGCGAGAUCAAAGCCUCAAAAACCAACAAACACAUCCUAUACUAGAAAGAAUGGGUGCCCGGAGUGAUCGGAAAACGAUCAAAGCAGUCAAACCUGUGUGCUCUAUUCGAAGCUAAGCAUAAUAAUACUUUUAUGGCAAUAAAUAAAUAAAUUGUGAA